UUGCGCGAUGGGUAGGCAGCGCCGAACGUGCGCCGUGGUUAUGCAAGUGGUGCGCAGCGCGCAGGCGCGGUGGUGCUUGCCGGCGCGGCGGGGGAGAUGAUGCCAACAGAGACUAGCCACCCCCCAGACAGUAGCCAAGAAGAGGCGGCAGUGGCUGUUGUGAGUGAUAAGAAUCUAAAUGACUCUGAGGAAACGGGGAUUGGACAAGAAAAUGAGUUGUGCGAUGGUGACUUGGAGGACAGUCUUGGAGGAGCUCUUGCUACGGAGAAUAGGCCAUCCACAUCUAUGGCUCCUUUUUUUGAGCUGUCAAGGAAAAAACAACCACUGUUACAUAUUGACAGACAGCAGAUCCAGUGUGUUGCACACGGUGCUCAAACUGCUGAGCUGAAAGGUUUGGGAGUUGAUGUUUAUGAUCAAGAUAUAUUGGAACAAGGAGUCCUUCAGCAGGUAGAUAAUGCAAUUAAUGAAGCUAACAAGACAACAAAAAUAGCUGAUGCAGAGAAGGAAUAUCAGUCAGUUCUUGAUGACUUACGGUCAUGUGUAACAUCUUUGAAACACAUCAAUGCAAUUAUUGAGCAACUUACCCCACAAGCUGCAAAAAGCAAAGAUAUAAACAGAAAACUAGAUUCCGUAAAACGGCAAAAGUAUAACAAGGAACAACAGCUAAAGAAAAUCAAAGCAAAACAGAAGCGUCUCCAGGCAAUUCUUGGUGGAGAAGAGAGUUUCAUUGAAGCAAACAAUAUUGAAUUUGAGGCUGAUGAAGAGCCUGGUCCAUCAUCCCUUGGCAGUAUGCUUAUGCCAGCUCAGGAAACAGAAUGGGAGGAGCUUAUUCGCACUGGCCACAUGACCCCUUUUGGGACUAAAGUCCCUCAAAAGCCAGAAAAGAAGCCACGCAGGCUAGUGCUAACUGAAGCAUCUGAUUUUGAGAAGUACUUAGCAGAUCAAGCUAAAUUGUCAUCUGAAAGGAAGAGGCUAUCUUUUAAGAAAAGAGCAAAGAAGAAAGCACAGUCUAAGAACAUUCAGUGUGCAAUGCCCACAUUAACCCUAAAGGGAAAAAAUGGCAAAACUAGACCCCUCUCAACAACAGACAAGUGUGUGAAAAAGCGUUUGAAGAAACUUCAGAACCAUGCUCUUCAGAUCCAUUCCAAGUCAGGAAUCCCAAAGGAAAAGAGACCUCUUGAGGCCAAGGGGAAGAUGGGAGUCCAUGAUGGGGAUGAUAGUGAAAAUUCAGAUUAUGUGCCAGAUGAGGAGCUUUUCAACCCUGAAGAGGAAGAGCAGGAGGAAGAGGCACUUUUUUAUGCUGAUGAUGAUUCUGAUUAUGAACUCAAGACUUUGUUAAGACAAAGAAAAUCUUUGAAGAAAGACCUAAAGGAAGAAGCUGAAGAUGAUGAUUUCUUCCCAAGUUCAGAGGAAGAGGAAGAAGAGAACAAAAUAGGAAAACGCAGAAUAAAAAGAUGCAAAGAUGAUGGAGAUGAAGAUUGCUAUAAACAAAGGCUAAGGAGGUGGAAUAAACAGCGAUUGAAGGACAAAGAGGAACAUCGGAUGGCAGAAGAAGAUUCAGAUGAAAGUGAUGCUGAAUUUGAAGAGGGUUUCAGAGUACCAGGAUUCCUCUUUAAAAAGCUUUUUAAGUAUCAGCAGACAGGUGUUAGGUGGCUCUGGGAAUUGCACUGCCAGCAGGCAGGAGGAAUUCUGGGAGAUGAAAUGGGAUUGGGCAAGACCAUCCAGAUAAUUGCCUUCUUGGCAGGUCUGAGCUACAGCAAGAUCAGGACUCGUGGUUCAAAUUACAGAUACAAGGGGUUGGGCCCAACAAUAAUUGUUUGUCCAACGACAGUAAUGCACCAGUGGGUGAAAGAAUUCCACACAUGGUGGCCUCCCUUUAGAGUUGCAGUUCUUCAUGAAACUGGCUCUUAUACUAACAAAAAGGUGAAACUAAUUCAUGAAAUUGCUGGAUGCCAUGGCAUUCUGAUUACCUCCUAUUCCUACAUUCGGCUGAUGCAGGAUAAUAUCCACAGCUAUGAUUGGCAUUAUAUAAUUUUAGAUGAAGGUCAUAAAAUUAGAAAUCCAAAUGCUGCCAUUACACUUGCAUGCAAACAGUUCCGCACUCCCCAUCGAAUCAUCUUGUCUGGCUCCCCUGUGCAAAAUAACCUAAAGGAGCUCUGGUCCCUCUUUGACUUUGUAUUCCCAGGAAAAUUGGGAACGCUGCCCGUCUUCAUGGAACAAUUUUCUGUCCCAAUAACCAUGGGAGGAUAUUCCAAUGCCUCUCCUGUGCAGGUAAAAACUGCCUACAAGUGUGCAUGUGUUUUACGGGACACCAUAAAUCCCUACUUGCUGCGGAGAAUGAAGGCUGAUGUGAAAAUGAGCCUUUCGUUACCAGAUAAAAAUGAACAGGUCUUGUUUUGCCGUUUGACAGCUGAGCAACGUCAAGUCUAUCAAAAGUUCAUUGACUCCAAAGAAGUUUACCAGAUCCUCAAUGGAGAAAUGCAGAUUUUCUCUGGACUUGUAGGAUUGAGAAAAAUCUGCAAUCAUCCUGAUCUUUUCUCUGGUGGCCCCAAGGUCUUGAAAAGUGUACCAGAUAAUGAGAUAGAUGAAGUGGAUCAGUUUGGAUAUUGGAAACGUUCUGGAAAAAUGAUAGUGGUAGAGUCACUGCUGAAAAUAUGGCAUAAGCAGGGUCACAGAGUGCUGCUGUUUACUCAGUCAAGACAGAUGCUACACAUCCUUGAAGCAUUUUUGAGAGAGAGAAACUAUUCCUACCUCAAGAUGGAUGGUACUACAACAAUCGCAUCCAGACAGCCUCUUAUAACAAGAUAUAAUGAGGAUAAAUCCAUAUUUAUUUUUCUUCUUACAACUCGAGUUGGUGGCAUUGGAAUCAACCUGACAGGUGCUGACAGGGUUAUUAUCUAUGAUCCUGACUGGAAUCCCAGUACAGACACACAGGCUCGAGAGCGUGCUUGGAGAAUAGGCCAGACGAAACAGGUGACUGUGUACAGGCUUCUUACUGCAGGUACAAUAGAAGAGAAGAUUUACCACAGACAAAUCUUCAAACAGUUUUUAACAAACAGAGUGUUGAAAGAUCCAAAACAAAGGCGAUUUUUCAAAUCCAAUGAUCUUUAUGAACUUUUCACUCUGAGCAGCCCAGAUGGGUCUCAAGGAACAGAAACUAGUGCUAUUUUUGCAGGUACUGGGUCAGAUGUUCAAGCUCCAAAACGUCAAUCAAAACGAAAAUUUGCAAAGCCACCUGAUAACGCUUCUGAAAGUGGUCUCCAUCUUAAAGGACACAUUUCAUCUAAAUACAGCAAGCCCUCAUGUUCCCCCUCAACAGGACAUCUAACUAAUUCCUCUGAAGGAGCUGAGGCAGUUGGCAAAACCAAAGGAAACUCUGAUACUUUUAACCCAAAUUAUGCUACAGAAGGUGACUCACAAGUACUUCAUAAUAUGGAUUCAUUGGUUAACGGUGAAGACAAGAGUUUAGACACAGUUGACAGGUCUGUGUUACAGCCACUCCCAGGGAAUGCUGGGACUCCAGAGAACCUUGGAUUCAUUAGUGAAGUUCAUGGAGCACCUGGUGUAAGUAUUGAGAGGGGAACCGACUGCUCACAGGAAAAGCAGAAAGCGGAUUUUGAAGUUCGACAGUUAGGUAGUAAUCAUUGUAAAUGCACCUCAAAAACAAAACACAGCGUAGAUAUGCUGGCACGUGAGGGCUGCAAGAAUAACCAAAAGAAGCCAAAAAAUAAAAAAGAUGCCAGAUUUGAAGGGGAACGUAUCUCACAUCUAGUAAAACAAAAACAAUACAGGAAAGAGGACAAUGAAGAGAAGGAGGAUGAUCAAAAGAAGAAUGAUGAUUAUGUCUUGGAGAAACUUUUCAAAAAGUCAGGAGUACACAGUGUUAUGAAGCAUGAUGUUAUUAUGGAAGCUUCCAGUCCAGAUUACGUGCUAAUGGAAGCCGAAGCAAACCGAGUGGCCCAGGAUGCCUUAAGAGCCUUAAAGAUCUCCCGACAGCGAUGUUUAGGAGCAGCUUUUGGUGUGCCAACCUGGACAGGCAGCAGUGGUCUAUCUGGUGCCCCAUCAGGAAUAAAGAGUAGGUUUGGCCAAAAGAAAAAUCCUAUGCUACAAGACCCAUCUCCUGGAAAGAAAUGCAAGGAGGUUGAUAAUAUAAAGAAAGAGAAUAUAAAGAAGAGCAUUUCCAGCAUGCAUUUUGAUGGGAAAACGGAAGCAGGAGAGUCAUCAUAUAGUGUACUAGAUUCAUCAUCUUUGUUAGCUAAGAUGAGGGCUAGGAACCACCUUAUAUUACCUCAGAGGACAGAGAAUGCAGGCGUUGAAAAUCAUCAGCAAGCUUCUGCUCCUCUUCCAGCCUCAACAGAGCAUGACGACUUGCUAGUGGAUGUUCGAAACUUUAUUGCAUUCCAGGCUUGUGUAGAUGGACAGGCCAGUACUCGGGAGAUACUGGAGGCAUUUGAGUCCAAGUUAUCAUCAGCACAGUCUUGUGUCUUUCGAGAACUUCUGAGAAAUCUUUGUAUUUUCCACAGAAGUCCAAAUGGUGAAGGUAUUUGGAAACUAAAGCCAGAUUUCCGCUGACUCUUUGGUCAGGGGUCCACCUGUGUGUAAGCCAAGACUGUUUCCAAGGAUUUUGUAUUCAUCUUUUAAAAGGAGGGAUUUUAUUUAGUUUAAUAUUUUAAUUGCUAACUUGCACAGCAUGGUGCCACACUUAAAAAUCUGCCUCAGUGAAGAGGCUUAAUGACAGAUUUCUUCUUUAUACUAUUUAUAUGAAAGUGUUACCUACCUCACAGUUAAAACAAUACAAAAAGCAGCAUCUUUAUUUUUAAAGAAUCUGAAUAUAAAUGCACUGGGGAACAUACUAACUUCUUAUUGUAGUAAGAACCAUGGAUAUUGUCAUAUUUUAGCCAAUUUAUGUGAGAUUCAAUGAGUUAUUCUGUCUUUUAUAUUCUGUACAUUACUUGAAUGGUCAUAUGGAGACACAGCAUGCUGCCAAACAGAUAUUAAUAAUGAAUGGGUAAGGUAGUAUGUGAAAGUAAUUUCUUUGUACCGAUAUCAAGAAAUCAUUGUAAGGGAAUAAGGGGAUUUGCUUGUUGGGGUGUGCUGGCAAAAUCAGAUGCAAUUAAUGUAUGAAAUUUGACAUGUAUCAGUAAUUAACCUGGGGAAAAACUUACUGCCAUAAAAGUUUAAUUGCAAUAAUAGAGAGCCUGGCACAGCAUCUGCAUGACUCGGGAGAGACUGGUAAUGGGUUAUAAAAGAACGCUUUUAUCCAUUCAAAUCCAGCCUCAGCCCCUUCACAUUUAACUGCUAUAAUACUUACUACCAUAGAAGUCAAUUAAGAUGUUAGUGAAAAGCCUGUCUGGUAAUGAAGUUUGGUUCAUAUUGGUUUAUUGUGGUUCUUGUUUCCAUUAACAUAAAAACUUACCAUAGUUGGCACUAACUGUUACCUGUUUUCAGUCUCAAGAAAGUCUAAGAAGUGAAUUGGCUAUGGAGGUCGUGCUAUCAUUUAUCAUUACGCCUGUAGGUACAAUCAGUACAGGUAAAAGUUGAGGAAUAUUUUGGGUAUCAUAUUGUUCCUGUUCUGUAGAUAAAAAAAAAUCUUAAGUCUCCAUGGCUACCAGGCCAGCAAUAAAUGAGUUUGAGGUUUAAAAAAAAAUGUACUAAUUGUAGUAAAGCUAACUUUUAUACUGAGCAGUGCCUGCUUGCAUCUGUUCUCAAAGUGCCAGUGGGCUAAAUAGAAAAAGUCUUAGUGGAAAACUUGCAAGAAUGCCAUUUUGUCAUUGAGAGCUGUCAGUUCCUUGCAGCAGCAGUGGCAAGUUUAAUGUAUAAAUUAAACAAAAAAUGGCCACAUGCCACCAAUGACUUCCUUCUCCCUGUUGCUAUACCAAAGCUGAUCAGCUGUAGAGCUUUGUUUGCAUUUAUUAACAAUAAGCAAUUUCUAUUCUAUUUCCCAAUAACAUACAAAAACAAACCAAGCAUAAGGGUGAGUGGUGAAGUAAAAAUAAAAACUUCUUUUCUUGCUCUGGAACAAGUAGAAAAAUAGCCCUUGAGCUUUUUCCAAGUCCUCUGCUUACAUUUUACCUGGAAGAAGUUUUAAAAAAUAAAAAGUCAUUUUUUUGUUUGGAACAGUUCAGAAAUUAAAUGUAAACUUCUUGACUGCAGCAAAAAUGUGAAUGUGACUUCUAAAUUUCAGAAUUCAGGUGCCCUAAUUUGAAUACUUUCAGUCUUUAAGGCAUAUUCCCACUUCUAGAAAAAUAGAAGUUUGUAGUUUUCUCAUCUCGUUUGGCUUUUUUUUUUUGAUGAACAUGGACCUGUACAUAACUUUAACUCUUCAGCCUUUAUAAGCUUAAUAAAAUGUCAGUAGAAUGAAACAAA